CGGACCCAGUGCUCUCUAGUCGCUACCCCCAAAAACCUCUCCCGCAGAAAAGAUCCAGUUCCACUCCGACGUCUCGCUGUCCUUUCCGCCUCCGAGAGCCAACGAAAUCUCACCGUCGCUUCGAAUUCUUUUCAGUCCUACCACCACAAUGCCUAGCUUUAUCAUUUGGUUUUGAAGUCUGCUAGAAUUCUCAUCUGGAACUGUUAUUUACUUUACCAGUGAAAUUCACUCCUGUCUUCUUAUUCUCUUUGUUUCAUUUUAACUCUGUAGAAGUGGAACUACUUUUGGUUUCAAUCAUAAUUGUGGUUCGUUUUUCUGAGUUGUGCAAAUUCUUAUCUAGCUUGUCUCGCUUUGCACCAUUCGUCCUUGGGCUUACUAUCUGUGUUUUCCACGGAAGAAACAAUUGUUUCUUGAAUUUGAUUCCUUUCUCCUCUCGUUUUUGUAAUUUUGUUUGUCAUCGUGACGGUCUGAGGGAUAAUAGAAAAAAAAAGUCGAUUUCGUUCCUUUGCAAACUUGUGUUAUAAAAGUGGGCACAGCGUUCUAAGUUCUUGUUCUGAUCUCUUCGGUCGGAGGUCAUGGCCGAUUCCGACAACGAAUCCGGCGGUCAGUACAACAACGCGAACAGUGAGAUGUCGCCGCGGGAGCAGGACCGCUUCUUGCCCAUCGCUAACGUGAGCCGGAUAAUGAAGAAAGCACUUCCUGCGAACGCCAAGAUUUCAAAAGAUGCGAAGGAGACAGUGCAGGAGUGCGUAUCGGAGUUUAUUAGCUUCAUCACUGGGGAAGCGUCCGAUAAGUGCCAGAGAGAGAAGCGUAAGACGAUCAACGGUGAUGAUCUGCUCUGGGCCAUGACAACUUUAGGAUUCGAGGAGUACGUGGAGCCCUUGAAGAUAUAUUUGCAGAAGUUCCGAGAGAUGGAGGGUGAGAGGAGCUCCAUGGGACGGCAGGGGGAGAAGGACGGGUCAGGAGGCGGGGGAUCGGCCGGGGGAGGCAAUGGUGGUGUUGUGAACCCUGGGAGCGGGAGCAGCAGCGGCGGUUUCAACGGAGGUGGGAUGUAUGGCGGAGUGCAAUCAGCGAUGAUGAUGAUGGGGCAUCAUCAAGGACAGGUGUACGGCUCCGGUUCGUAUCACCAAAUGGCUGUGGCUGGCGGUGCUCCUGUGAAAACUAGUUCAGGCAGUGGAUCUUUGGCGGGGAGGUCAAGGUAGGUAGAUCAUACAUGUUUCAAGAAAAAGGUAUGAUGAUGAUAGACGAUGAAUGAAUGGACUUAUGGCGAUGAUGAUGAUCAUCAUCAUCAUUAUGAUAUACCAUGAAUUGAAUGAAUGAACUUAUAUGAUGAUGAUGAUGAUGUUAGUGUGGAUGAUUGUAUAGUACUCUUUCUCUACUUCCAAAUUUCCACUUAUCUUUGCUUUGAUUGUUUCUUUUGUCCUCAUGAAUUAUUUUACAAAUGUUAAUUUCGAGUGGAGAAUUUCGUAA